CGCCGACGCGAAGCCCACGCGAGCGCACCAACUCCACCUCCACUCCGGCUCCGGCGGCGCGGCACUCUCCCCCCACAGAUUCCGGCAAGGUGGGGGAGAGGAGAGGGGGGGCGCGCUCGAGGCCUUGGCGUCGUCCCUCCCUGCCUCCCUCCGCUGGGCCUGCGCCGGCGUCUCGGAUGAGAGUGAACCAUGGGUGGAUUUUGCUGUUGCCUCUGCACAGAUGAUUUUGAGGAAUAUGCCCAUCCAAAUAACCCUGUCUAUAGGCAAUGCGUAUGCCUGAGGAAUUUUUUUCACAAUGUUUUUGGUGGGCAGUAUACUGCCACAUUCCAGAGGCUCGAAUCUAGACCAAGCAAUCCAGCUCAAGGAGCUGCUCCAUUGGCAUCCACUAACUCGAGUACCAAUAUAACUGACAGUUCAUUGUCUGAAACUUAUCACCUUGUGUCGAGACCUCCCCCAUAUGAUACUGAUCCUAGAUAUGCCCGUGUUCAAAGAGAGGGAUUGGUAUCUAGGCGUGAAAAGUCUAUAAAUCUAACACAAGAAGAGUCACUGGCUCUUAGGCGAAAUGGCAGCAGCUCUGGCAUUGAGCAUUUAGCUGCUCAGAAAAAAUGGAGUAGUACUGAACCUGAGGGUGAAUAUAAAGUCCAUCGCUCUGAAUCAACCAAGAGUUUGUCUGCAAAAUCAUAUAACAGCAGUUUUGCAGUUGUCAAUUCAGAAGAUGAAGAUGUCUGCCCUACUUGUCUGGAAGAAUACACCCCAGACAAUCCGAAGAUUAUAGCUAAAUGCUCCCAUCAUUACCAUCUUAGUUGUAUUUAUGAAUGGAUGGAAAGAAGUGAUACUUGUCCAAUUUGCGGGAAGGAAAUGGAGUUUUGUGAAACCCCAUGAGAGAUUUCUAUGCUGGUGUAUCAGUGCGCAGUGGAAGGCAAAAGAUCUACAGCGUGAGAUGCUGAAGAGUCUGUAAAUAAUACUAGUUAUGUCCAGAUAGAUCUCUUUUCCGAGAUCAAAUUCUUGUGUACGGAAAAAUCAUGCCCCUACAAAAAACGAAGACGCCCUCUAAAUUUGCCAUAUGAAUAUAUAUUUCUAAAUGCAUAUUAAUGGUGAAGUAGAUAUAAUUACACAGUUUCUGUUCAUCAGCUCAUGGGAUGCUGGUAGUGAGUGACCAUACAUGAUACAUGAGCCUCGCUUGGAGCCAUUUCACCAAAUUAAAAGUGCCUGGUGAACAUGGACCUGAGCAUGUUCAGAUGCAUUUCAGAUUAGUGUUGCUUCCUCGAGCAUUUCGAAUUAGUUUUUCAUUUCAUCACAUGGAUCUGAGUAUGUGGUGUCAUUAAGCUCUAGCGAGCUAUUUGUGUUUUAUGACAGAGCUAUUUGUGUUUUAUGACUGUUUUACUUGCCUUUAUUGGCUCUAAGG